ACUUGGGGAACCCUGCUAAAUUUAUCUAAGCAAAGAAGACAGGAACCAUUAAAAGAUAUUGAAAGAUGAAGAUGUUCUCAGUCUCCCACAAGACGGCUUUCGUGGUCGACCACUGCCCUUACAUGGCAGAGUCCAGUCGGCAGCAGGUGGAGUGUGACGUGCUGACCAAGAGUCGUGGGCAGGGCAUGAUCCCGCUGGCCCCAGUGACCAAGUCCCUGUGGACCUGCGCUGUGGAGUGCUCCAUGGAGUACUGCCGUAUCCUCUACGACGUUUACCCCCUCAAGAAACUGGUCAACUACAUUGUGAGUGAUUCAGAGUUCCACAUUCUGAACAGCUGGAGGCAAGAGGACCAAAGCACUCAUGAGGUAAUGUACCAUACUCGACGCAGAAAGAGAGAUCCCCCAAAAGACCGAUAG